AAAAGAUACUCAACUCUACUUGUGUAAAAUAGCAGCACCACUGGGGGAUGGGGUGUGUGGGUGUGUGUUCACUAUCUAGCACCGCGUCAGCCGAUUUAGGCAAGAAGAAAACCAAGGGCUGACAGGACCUGAGGAAACGAGGGAGGUGGGUGUGCUGUUCGCUCUAAUAACCUCCCCAUGGCGCUGGGUGGGGAAAACGGACGGCCUUUUCAACGCAGGCCGAGCUAAUGGGGCUUGAAGUGCCCAGGCGGGCGCCGGCUUAUCCGCCCCCUCCGGGGCAGGGGGGCUGUGGGGGAAAGAGACGUGGUGCUCUGCUAAACGUUCUGCCGGCCCUAGGCCGGCCCAGCCCCGGAGAGGAAGGGCGGGCUGGCAGCGGGGCCCUCAGCCCUUCUCCCGCCUUCACCAGCCAGUGAGGCGGCUGCCUGGCAGGAAGGGGAAGGCGGGAGCCGGCGGCUGGGGGAGUCCGGCAUCCUCAGCGGGAAGGGCGGGCUCCGGACUGUGCCGCCUGGUCCUGCGGUGGCUCGGCACCCCGCUCCUGGUUGUCGGCCCUUUCCUGCCCAGGAGAGCGCCGGAGAAAUGAGGGCCAACUGUAAGGAACAACCACUGGGGGCUGACCGGCAGGCUCCUCGGCGGUGAGGUGGCGCCAUCUUGCAAUACGGAAGAAAAGCUGUGGCGGGCGCCAUUUUGCAUCUGAGAGAGGGAUGAGAAGAGCCGCCCUAUUUUUCCCUGCCUGGGCGCCGCCAUUUUAGGUGUCUUCAUAAAAUGCCCGUGGAGAAUCCCCUCUUUUUUCGCCCCGCUCCCAAGAUGGCGUCGAUGCGGGAGAGCGACACUGGCCUGUGGCUGCACAACAAACUGGGCUCCACCGACGAGCUGUGGGCGCCGCCGAGCAUUGCCUCGCUGCUCACGGCUUCGGUGAUCGACAACAUCCGCCUCUGUUUCCACGGCCUCUCCUCGGCCGUCAAGCUCAAGCUGCUCCUGGGGAUGCUGCACCUGCCCCGCCGGGCGGUGGAUGAGAUGAAAGGGGCACUGACUGAAAUUAUCCAGCUCGCUACCUUGGAUUCAGACCCCUGGGUCUUAAUGGUAGCUGAUAUUUUAAAAUCCUUUCCAGAUACUGGCUCCCUUAACCUUGAUCUUGAAGAACAGAAUCCCAAUGUUCAAGAUAUUUUAGGAGAGCUUAGAGAAAAAGUAAGCGAAUGUGAAACUUCAGCUAUGUUGCCGUUGGAAUGCCAAUACUUAAACAAAAAUGCCUUGACAACACUAGCUGGACCACUUACUCCCCCAGUGAAACACUUCCAGCUGAAAAGGAAACCUAAAAGUGCCACUCUCAGAGCUGAACUCUUGCAGAAGUCAACAGAAACUGCACAACAGCUGAAGAAGACUGCAGGAGUGCCUUUCCAUGCCAAAGGCAGGGGAUUGGUCAAAAAGAUAGAUACGACAACACCGCUCAAAGGAAUACCAAAACAAGCUCCGUUCAGGAGUACUUCAGCACCUAGUGUAUUUAGUCCUUCUGGAAACAGAACUCCUAUUCCUCCUUCAAGAACACCUUUGCGCAAAGAAAGAGGAGUAAAGCUUCUAGAUAUUUCUGAGCUGGAUAUGGUAGGUGCUGGCCGUGAAGCAAAGAGAAGAAGAAAGACAUUAGAUACGGAAGUUGUGGAAAAGCAAGCCAAAGAAGAAACAGUAGUAGAAAAUGCUACCCCAGAUUAUGCUGCUGGCCUUGUGUCUACACAGAAACUUGGCUCAUUGAACAAUGAGCCUGCACUACCUUCUACAAGUUAUUUACCUGCUACCCCCAGUGUGGUGCCGUCUUCCUCAUAUAUCCCAAGCUCUGAAACACAGCCAGCUGGCUCUGCACGAGAGGCCUUGCAGACUAACAGACAGACUGAAGAACCUGCAGCUCCAAAUGCUACCACAACUCUUCCUGCACAAUUCAAACAAAGAACACCCAUGUACAACAGUAACUCUAACCCACCUGCAGCUACACCUACCUCACCCCUAACACCUACGACACCACCUGCCAUUUCCCCUGCGGCACAAGCACCACAAGUGGCCCCCCAAACUCAGCAACAGGCACCACCGAAAAAAAGCCUCUCUCUCACAAGGGAGCAAAUGUAUGCUGCACAGGAAAUGUUCAAGACUGCAAACAAAGUUACAAGGCCAGAAAAGGCUCUUAUACUUGGAUUCAUGGCAGGAUCCAGAGAGAAUCCUUGCCAAGAGCAAGGUGACAUCAUCCAAAUUAAACUCAGUGAGCAUACAGAAGACUUACCAAAGGCAGAUGGCACUGGCAGUACCACUAUGUUGGUUGAUACGGUCUUUGAAAUGAACUAUGCUACCGGUGAAUGGACCAGAUUCAAGAAGUACAAACCUAUAACUAAUGUUUCCUAAGAGAUGCAGCAACAGCAGACUGGACCAAAUCAAGCUUAGAGUCAACCAGCUCAUAGAGUAAUUCAACUGUACAAAACGGCAUUCAUGCGUACAUUUCUUACUACCCUCCAGAGUAAAAGUUGUGGCUCUUCAACCUGACUGGGCUCAGUGAACGCAGAAGAAGAUGGUGUUAAACUUGCUUUGGUUUUGUUUUGGGGUUGUUUUGGUUUGUUGGGGUUGUUUUUGUUUUGUUUUGUUUUUUGUUUUUUAAAAAAGGAAUCUUGGGAGAGGGAGAGGUGAUCUUAGCAGGGGGAAGUUGGUGUGUUUUUGUUUUCCUACAGUUCAAGAUGCCGGAAAAGGAGAUCACAACUGAAAGAUUACAGAUGGGAGCAGUUUACUUCUGAGUACCGGAAGAGAAGAUUACUGCGCAGUCAUUCAUGGUUUACCGUUAAAUGAGGGCACAGAUCUUUAUUGUGAAAAUAUUCUCUUUGGCUACAUGGGCUCUAUUUUAAGAAUGGACAUUUAAAGCACCAAAAGUCGGUGCUUGACUAUUUUGUAAUUCAGCUGCAGUAUAACUAAAUAUUGCAGGUGGUAGAUGUCCAGCGUCUAAUGGUACCCACUGUAUGUUUAUCUUGCUUAUGCUUGGGCCAUGGGAUGGGAUUGAGCAACUUUGUUAACUCACUGUAUUGUCAGUGUCCAUGCCCAGCAUGAGUUGAUCUGUAUUUGGCGUUUUUUGAGAUCAAAAGAAACAGUAUCGUAACUUUCUGAAGAAAAAAAAAAAAUCAAAAUUAAGAAAAAAGUAGCAGUGGCUUGUCACUACCUGGAAGUGACAGCUCUUUGCCAUGUAAGUCUUAGGGUAGAAGUUGAUCUAUGGCUCUUGCAUAGCCCUUUGAACAGCACAACUUACCUGGGAGGAAGUGAAACUAUUACAUCUCGAGACCAAUUGCAGCUUAAUUUAAAGAUGGCUCUAGAAGUGGUUGAGCGACAAAUAUCUGAAUAUAGAUGGUUGGGAAGAUUUGUUGUCUUGAGGCAGUGUUAAUUUAUGUUUAGUUGAGCAGUCAUAACGUGUUUGAUCGCCAAGCCCUGAUCCAAAAAGUUUUGAAUGACUGUAGCUGUGGUUCUUACCAGUGUAGUUCUAUCAGUAUAAUCAUUAAUGUGGCCACAGUUGUACUAGCAUAUAAAUGUGCCUUAUACUUCUCCUCUCCUAGUAGAAGCACACUUUUAUCUUUAUAACUGUGUUCACGCUACUGGUGUAAUCUGGCUUUAGUAGUACAAAUAAAGCUUGCAUGUAUUGAGAAGGCAUAUGUACUUAGGUCAGGAUUCAUCCUUUGGAGACUUGGUUUCAUCAUUUGAAGGAAGCUUGGCUUAAAUGUCUGGUUUCUGCCAAUACUUGUAUGUGGAGCUGUGCUUGGUUGGGAACAGUGCUUAGAAGGAAGAAAUGCAAAGAUGAGUAGCAUAAUUGUUGUUUGGUGCUGAGGAGGUACCUUGGGCUGACUAGAGGUUCGUGUUAAAGUGAAACUCUUAGGACGAAAUUAGGCUUUUUUUUUUUCCUUCCUGAAAAAAAAGCAGACCAAAUCCCAUAAGUACACUUAUACUAACAAAGAGGUUUAAAUGAUUCAUUAGAGUCUUUUUGUACUGGGAAGUUUUUAUUGCAUUUUAUUUUUUUGUUUUUUCAAACAAAUUAUCCAACAGGACAGGGCAAGUAUAAAUAAUGAGAAGAUCUGUAUUCUACAGUGUUUUAAGAUGUGACCAAAAGUAUACAUUUCUUAACUUUAUUUAAGCAAAUAGACAGAAUGUUCUAGUUCUUGUAGUGGGGGAGUUCUUUGAUGGUACCCACUACCAUUACGGAGCGUUAUGCAUGUAUUGGUGUGAAAGUUACUCGCAUGUAACUGUCACACUGGGGGCUCUCUUCCACGUAUUUAUCCCAUUUCAGAAGCAAUGUAGAUUGUGAUUCUGAUUGCGAUUUUUCUUUAAACAGAUAGAAAACGGCCUGACAAGUGAGGAUGAGUAGUGGGUUGUAGUUUUUUAGAAUGAAUUCAGUAGAAAUGCGUUUUUAUGGUUAACUUAUUUGAUUAUAGUGUGUUACACAGUAAGGGCUAACAAUAGAACAUGAAAGUAUUAAUCUCUUAAAAGAAAGGUUAAGAAAAGUGACAUUCCUUUUCUUGUCUGCAUUCAGAUUUUUAAAGAUUUCUUGUGAUUUACAUACAUGUAAACAUGUAUGAUACUUCUGUUCCUGCUUGCUAGAUAAGCUGCAAGUACCAAAUACAAUUUUUAAGAAAGAACUUUUAGAAAAUUGGCUGACUUAAUGGGCAUGUACUGCCACUGUGAAUUGCUGAUGCAAGAAAGAGUCUUUGCAGUUUGGUAGUGAUCAGGAGCUGCUGUGUGAUGGCUCUUUUGGCGUACUUGAGAUUAGUGGGGGGUCCUUCACUAAACUUAGUUGGCAGAAGUCUGCAUUUCAGGCUUGUGCUGUCCCUCUCCUCUUUAAGACACCCUUCUAGAAUGCAGCUGAGUCAUUUGAGUGCAGUAGUGUGUAGGAAGCUUAACCAUGCUGCUACCUAUUUGUAUUUGCUGCAUAACAAAGUUGGCCUCCAGGCCUGUUUGUCUAAAGUCAAUCAUAUGCAAUAAAUUGAAAAUUUAAAUAGAAGCAUAGUAUAUUUUUAAUUCCGUUAAGUCAUUAGGUUGAGACAAUUUAACACUGAAAAAAUAACUUAUUUUUAAAAGUGACUUUAUGACCCUCAAUACUAGAGCAUUACUUCAACUUCAUCUGUGAAUCUAGAAAGCUUUUUUUAGAUGCCUGAAGAAAGGGAAACUUUUGCAACAUUGUUAAAAUGAUAUGGUAAGAAGUAAAACUACAUAGAGCUCUUUCAUUCAGAGAAUGAAAUCGUCGAGCCAGUGACCUGAAAGUAGGGAUAAUGCCAGACAAUUCAGAAAGGGCAACAUCAGCAUUUAAAUUCCAAUGUAAUGGGAUUGUUGCAUACAGAACAAAAUCUGGCCCUGGAACUUAAUAUUUUUUUUGUCUUGAAUAUUCAGUCACUUGGAUGUUAGCUGGAUUCUAUCCAUUGAGGCUCAAUGUGUGCUGUAAGAUUAAACAAAAACACUUGUUGACUCUCGAAUGACUUGCAGAUGUACUGAGAAAUUGACCAGAGAAGUAGUUUUCUUAAAGCUUUGUGUUCUUUCCUCUUUCCCUUUAUCCAAGCAUGAAAUUUUAGGAAAUAGCAAGCCCAAACUUCCAAAGUGUGUUACCGCACCUCAGCAAGGCAGAAUGUCUCAGCUUCUCUUGCCCUUGCUUGCAAAGAAGCACCUGUCUGUGCAAGCUUAGGCAUGAUAUCAGUUAGCUUAUUUGAUUUUUAGAGUGUGGAAUACUGGAGAAAGAAGUGAUGAAAGUGGCUUGUGUUUUUUCCCCAUCCUAUCCAACACUUUUAUUCUUAGGGGAGAAAGAACACAUGCAUGCAUACCCAGCGUUCUUUAACAACUUGCCCUACAGCUCCUGAAUGCCAUAAGGAUCAGAAAGUGAAAUGAGUGUAAUGAAGAAGGUGAGCCCAAGGAGGAUGCUGAGCAAGAGUUCUGAUCAUAGAUUCCAUCUUCUGUUAGACAGAACUCUCUUUUUCUACUCUAGUGCUUUGUAGUUACCUCCAUACAGAACAGUCUAGGCUUAGUACGGUUAACACUCUAGUAUUGGGCCAGUAUUUUGUGGGUUAACUUGAUUUUCACUGUUAGCUUUGCCAUUUAAUCUUUCAGUUAAAUACUGUGGGACGCCGGGUGCGAUGGGGAGGAGCCUUUGGUAGUUGCUUGACACCUCGGUUUGAAAUUGGUCACUUCUCUCACUAAGUUGUGUCAAAGUGCAAACCACUUGUCUAAAUGAAAGAAGCUUGAGAUUUUGACAUGAUACAGUUUGAGUGAAUCACAUUUUCAUAGUAAGAUCUGACUGGAAAAAAAAGACUAAAAAAUGUUAAGCCAGAGCCCUCUGGGAAUCUGGUGCCUUUAACAAGAACUGUCAUUUUGUAAAAUGUUACAUCUAUAGCAUAGCCCGUAUGUUUUCUAUUGGUUUUUUUUUUGUACAGUUGUAAAUUCAAGAUAUUCUGUCUUUGGGUACGUAUUUUCAGUGUAAUACAGUAUGUAUAAUAAAAAUUUAGAUUUUCUAAGGAGAUAGACUGAUAUUCUUUUUAAUAAUCAAGCUGCGUAUUGUACUAACAGUUAAAUUGGUGAUGAGUACCACUACCCUGAGACCAAAGGGCCGAAUGGCACGAUAGUGUGUAUCCAUUUUAGAUUUGUCAUACUGUUUCUGUAGAUGCAUUUCAAAGUUGAUGUUUUAAAGUCGACAUAUGCCAGUUUUGCUGGUUAGGAUAUUUGUGAGUAGGAGGUGUUACCAAAAUACCUGCUCCUGCUUCCUGGGUGGAUUCACUGAAAGCUGAUUAACCUUGGGUGACAUGCCUCCACGAUGGGUGGGUGUGCGUACACUGAAGCCCUGGAGCCACAGCCUAGACCUGAUGGUGCGAGGAAGGUCUGCCGUGGACGGGUUCUGGGCAUGGCCCAGUUGGUAUCUAUGAAAGUGUGGAAUAAACCACUGGAAUAUU